AGGUGAAGUUUGGUUGGUGCAACUCGAUGGCGACUCAGCUCCCGGACGAUUUCAAGUGCCCGAUAUCACUUGAGCAAAUGUCCGACCCGGUUAUUCUCUCAUCGGGUCAUACCUUCGACCGAGCUUCAAUCCAACGGUGGCUGGAUUCCGGCCACCGUACUUGUCCAAUUACCAAGCUUCCUUUGCCCGAACACCCGUGUCUUAUCCCUAACCAUGCCCUUCGUUCCUUGAUUUCCAAUUAUACCCUCGCUACCCCUUCAAAACCGCGACCUUGCUCUCAAUUCCAUACCCUCGUUUCCGCUCUGACGUCCCCUUCAUCUGCUAUUGGAACCAAGCUCGACUCGCUCACUCAUCUCGCUAGACUCACCAAGCGUGACUUGUCACUCCGCCGUAAACUCACUGAGUCUGGAGCAGUCCCUUCUGUUCUCAAGUUUAUCGACUCGGAUGAUCCGAUUUUGCAAGAAAAGGCACUGUCUUUGCUCCUUAAUCUCAGCCUAGAUGAUGAUAACAAAGUGGGUCUAGCUGCGGAAGGCGUGAUAAACCGGGUUGUCAAAAUAUUAAGUGUUGGGUCACCCGAUUGUAGAGCCAUAGCUGCAACGGUGAUAACUAGCUUAGCUGUGGUUGAAGUCAAUAAAGCGACAAUCGGUGAAUACCCGGAUGCGAUUCGGGGAUUGGUCCGUCUUCUAAUUGCAGGGAAAGGAAGGGAAAAGAAAGAGGCAGCAACGGCUCUGUAUGCAAUUUGUUCAUACGCCGAUAACCGAAGAAGAGCCAUCGACUGCGGUGCUGUGCCGAUACUAAUCGGUUUACUGGAUUCAGGGCUGGAAAGGGCUAUUGAAGUGUUGGGAUUAUUGGUGAAAUGCAAAGAAGGAAGAGAAGAGAUGAAGAAAGUUAAUGGGUGUGUUAAGGUUUUGGUCGAGGUUGUAAGGAAUGGGAGCUCAAGGGGAGUUCAAUAUGGGUUAUUUACUUUGAAUUGUUUGUGUAAUUAUAGUGAAAGCUCUUGUUUUGAAGCAAAAAAUGAAGGGGUUUUGGAGAUUUGUAUGGGCUUAGUGGAGGAAGAGAAUGAGAAGAUUAAGCGGUACAUUUGGAGUUUGAUUCAGACUCUGAGAGGAAAUCAUGGUAUUGAUUGAGUGAAUGUAUUAAAGUUGGCAAUGGAG